AUGGGCGAUCACUGACUCAAACUUCAGGAAGAUUCUGAAUGCAACAAUAAUGAUUGGAGGAUCCAUGAACCUGGUGAACUCAUUCCCGAACCACAGCUCAUAGCUAAGUCUUCAUGGUUAUUGGAUCUCGAAUUGCAGUUGCACUUCGAGUUUAAAUAUUGGUUUAAAGCCAUUCCUGAACCUGCGCGUUGCAAUCCGGAUUCAAAUACUUUAUCAUCUCUCUGCAGAUGA